AUGGUUUCUUCUAUGCGUUCCAAGUUUCCCUUCCUACACACCAUCAAAAGACCAAAGGCCAAAGUCCAGCUUUCCUUUGAAAUGGACUUCUCUCAUGAGAACUCAAACCCUAACCCUAAUUAUACCUUCUUCUCUGAAAACUUCGACCCCAUGGCGGAGUUCGAGCUGUCGGAUUAUCUUAUGCUUGAUGGUGGCGCCUUCGAGGAAGAUACGUCGUCGCAAAGUAUGGCGUCACCGGAGAAGGGCAUGGGCGGAGCUAAUGAAAUUUGUGGUGCAACAUCAAAAAAUAGUACAAACAUAAAAUGCAAAAGUGGAGUGAGGAAAAACAAGUUGGAAGUGGGGCAUCGAGUUGCAUUUAGAACGAAAUCAGAGAUGGAAGUCAUGGAUGAUGGAUACAAAUGGAGGAAAUAUGGGAAAAAGUCGGUGAAGAACAGCCCGAAUCCAAGGAAUUAUUAUAAAUGUUCAAGUGGCGGAUGCAAUGUGAAGAAGAGGAUAGAAAGGGACAGAGAUGACAAAACUUAUGUUAUAACCACCUAUGAAGGUGUUCAUAAUCAUGAGAGCCCAUGCAUGGUUUACUACAAUCAAAUGCCCCCCCUUAUCGUUCCCAAUACUUGGACCUUGCAGGCUUCUCCUCCCUCUUCCUCUUCUACAUGAAAAAAAAAAAAAAAAUACUUGCAUAUGUGUGUUAUACAGAUAAAAUGCUUUUGAGAGAUUAGUUGAAACUAAUUUUUCCACUACGCUUUUUCUGGGCUGAAUGGUUCAAAAUUAAGCCCAUUGGAGAGUGGCUCGACCCCCGCCCCCAAACCCACUUUUAGUCCAAUUCAAUAGGAUUGGAGGAAGCUAGUGGAUUGACUUCAGCCGCCUAUUGAUGUUGUUGAUGUUAUAAUUUUAGUUUCCAUCUUUGUUAUUGGAACUUUUUAUCCGUAAAUUAGUUAUAAAUAAAUUACUUUUUCUUUAAGGAAAAAAACCGAUGCAUUUGUUGUUGUGAAUGAAGCUCCAUGUGAAUAUAGGAUAUAAUUGCAAAAUAAUAAUAUUAUAUAAAUACAACGUAU